GCCGCCUGUCGGAGGGAGCUCCGCUGACCGGAGGGGGCUGGCUCUCCGUGAUUGAAUCCAGCUGUGGAGAAGGAGCUCGGAGGGGGCCCGACACAUUUGCAUUGCUUAAUACUGCUGUAGAGCGGGACAGAGAGGGGGCGAAACGGGACAGUCCGGUUCCAAAAAGACAUUAGUGCAACACUCGGUCCAUGUUCCGGAGCUCCAGCUCGAGCAGCUUAAUGCAAACCUGCUGUCGGCCUUCGCGUAAAGGCGCAUAGUUGGGGGGGGGCGGUGAGAGCCCUGCUGGGGAGUGGACAGGGGAUCUGGGGAGAGUUUACGGGUCGUCUAAAUCUUUCCUUUUCGAGAAACCAUGCUCCCUGAAAGACGUGGCUUCACGUCUCGCUCCUCUGUAAGGAUGUUGGCAGCUCUGCUAUUUAUUCUGCAUUGGAUCCAGCCUGGACACGGACAGACCUGCACAGAGGGUUUUGUAUAUGACCGCAGGGCGAGACAGUGCAUAGAUGUGGACGAGUGCCGGACCCUGCCAGACGCCUGCAGAGGAGACAUGCGCUGCGUGAACCAGAACGGGGGUUACCUGUGCAUCCCAAGGAGCUUGUACAACCAGCCCUACAGACCGGAGACCCCCGACCUGCCCGAGCCCGCCUACCCGGACCCGUCCCUUGGAUUCCCAGACACCUUUGUUCCAGCUGUUCCCAGAUCUGUGGAGCCCAGUUACCCCAGAGUGAGGACCACAGCGCCGUGCAUCCUGGGAUACACUCUUGCAGAGGAUGGCACCUGUAAUGACAUUGAUGAAUGUGAGACAAACUCUCAUCACUGUAACCCGACCCAGGUCUGCAUCAACACAGCAGGUGGAUACACCUGUUCCUGCACGGAGGGAUACUGGCUCAUCGGGGGACAGUGUCAGGAUAUUGAUGAAUGUCGCUAUGGUUACUGCCAACAGCUGUGUGCUAAUGUCCCGGGCUCUUAUUCAUGCUCCUGUAACCCCGGCUUCAUCCUGAACCCCGACAGCAGGACCUGUCAAGACGUGGACGAGUGUAACGAUGAACCAUGCAGUCACGGCUGCUUCAACACUUACGGCUCCUUCAUGUGUAACUGUGACGAAGGAUUCGAGCUGGCGGCUGACGGGACUUCCUGCAUCGACCUGGACGAGUGCAGCUUCUCUGAAUUUCUGUGUCAGCACAGAUGUGUGAACACUCCCGGCUCGUUCUCCUGUGUCUGUCCGCCCGGUUAUUAUGUUUACGAGGACGGCAGGAGCUGUGAAGACUUCAAUGAAUGUGACACUGGUAACAACACCUGUACAACAGCACAAGUAUGUUUCAAUUUCCAGGGAGGCUUCACCUGCCUGAACCCUUUACAGUGUCACUCUCCGUACAUCGAAGUCAGUGACAAUCAGUGCAUGUGCUCAGCUGAGAACCCUGCCUGCAGGGACCAACCCUUCACUAUUCUGUACCGACACAUGGACCUGUCGUCGGGGCGCAGUGUGCCUGCAGACAUCUUCCAGAUGCAGGCCACCACUCGCUACCCCGGCGCCUUCUACAUCUUCCAGAUAAAGUCGGGAAACGACGGGCGAGAGUUUUACAUGAGACAAACCAGCAACGUGAGUGCCACCCUCGUCUUGUCUCGGCCCAUCAAGGGACCGAAGGAGGUGGUGCUGGACCUGGAGAUGGUCACGGUCAACAACGUCAUCAACUUCAGAGGCAGCUCCAUCAUCCGGCUCACCAUAUUCGUGUCGGAGCAUCCGUUCUGAUGAACUCCAUCAGGCUGCAGCUGUCCUGACGGUCGGUGUGAGACAGCUCGUCACCUUUUCUUUUUGUGUUUGUUUCUAAAUCGUUGUGUCAUCCUCAUAAAGACUCAGCAAAGAUCAGCUGAUGGGAAAUCAUCCCCGCCCUGGUUUAAUGGACUCUGAGCUUUUAUGGCUGCGAUCUGGACACACGUGGAUAUUUAUGGUGUACAAUUUCUGACAUCCUGUUUCUGUUUAGAAAAGACCUGAACGUGAUGGAAUUUACCGUCUUUGUGUACCUGAAUAUACACAACACAUGUUUUUAAGGAGUCCCCCCCCCCAUGUGUCUGUGAAUUUGAACCCCCUCAGAUAAGCUGUGAACUUUUUAUACGUCAUCAGAUCAUCGUGGUGUGUAUUUGUGUUUGGAGCGGGGACGGUUAUCUGAGCAGAAGUGUAAUUGUGUAUUUGCAGUGGCAAUAUUUGAGAUGAUGUAAUUAAGCCAGUCAUUAACUGAAUUAUUGAUCACACUUUCUUUUGGACCAAUAAAUGUCUUCACCACA